AUGAGGACUCCAACUAGUGACAUCAAGACUGGUUUAAAGAAAGGUUCAUGGAGUCGUGAAGAAGAUCAGAUGUUGAUUUCUUAUAUUAGCAGAUAUGGCAUCUGGAACUGGUCGCAGAUGCCCAGAUUUGCUGGGUUGUCAAGAAGUGGGAAGAGUUGUCGACUCCGAUGGAUGAAUUAUCUUAAACCUAAUAUAAAAAGGGGGAACUUUUCCAAGGAAGAAGAAGACAUCAUAUUCCAUUCUCAUUUGCUUCUCGGGAAUAGGUGGGCAGCAAUUGCAUCGAGACUUCCUGGAAGGACUGAUAACGAAAUAAAGAACCACUGGCAUGCCCAUCUCAAGAAACGUCUGACUGAUCACAACAUGGUUCCUAAAACAACCAACCAAAAUGAUAAGAGAACAUCAAUGACGUUUAAACCUGAUAAUGUUGAGGAAAUAUUACAACAGCCUGCUAAUCAUAACUAUGAUAUUUCUGAGUCCUGCUUGACUUUCGAAGAUGAUAUAUUUUCAUCUAGCAGCAGCACUACUACUUCCAUAGAGCAUCACCAAAUCGACAAUAGAGCUGAUUAUUUUGAUCUUGGUUCACCAGGAACAGUUGAUGAUCUUCAAUAUUUUUGGCAACAGCUUUGCCCAUUUGAGAACUUGGAGCUUGAAAACAAUCAUCUGGACAUGUUAUCUAAUCCCAUUUUUCAAGAUUCAUUCGAUGAUCCGAACAGUCCAUGUAGCUUCUACAUAAGCGACUACGACAUUAUCCAAGGAUUUUAA